GACACAAUAGCGCAUUUUCAAACAUCUGCCGAACACGGUCUACCCUCAUCAGCUCUCCCCCUACUUCGAGAUGAGCACGGGUACAAUGAAUUCUCUGUCGAAGCCCCAGAACAUCUCGUCAUAAAAUUCAUCAAAACCAUUUACGAAUCACCCCUCAAUUUACUCCUCCUCGGCAGCGCACUCGUGAGCGCUAUUAUGGGUAACAUUGAUGACGCGGUUUCCAUCACUAUUGCAAUCCUUAUCGUCUUGACCGUCGGAUUCAUCCAAGAACAACGAUCAGAAAAGUCGCUCGAGGCACUAAACAAGCUCGUACCCCACCACUGUCAUCUUAUUCGUGACGGUCGAAAAUCCCACACGCUAGCCAACGAAUUGUUACCCGGUGAUCUCGUCACAUUUGGCGUGGGUGAUCGUAUUCCGGCUGAUUUGAGGAUCAUCCAAGCGACCGCACUCGAAGUGGACGAGAGCAGUUUGACGGGCGAGACCGUGCCCGCGGCCAAAACGUCGUCGCCUUGCCCUACUGGGACGGUCGUUCCGUUGGCAGAGAGGGCGUCGAUUGCGUUCAUGGGAACAUUGGUGAGGAACGGGCAUGGGUCGGGAGUAGUGAUCGCGACCGGUACCCAAACGGAAUUUGGUGUCAUUUUCUCCAUGAUGCAAGAUGUCGAGGAGAAGAAGACGCCACUCCAGCUGGCCAUGGAUGAGCUCGCAAAAAAGUUGAGCUUUGUGAGCUUUGGAAUUAUCGGCGUCAUUUGUGUUAUUGGUGUUCUCCAAAGUCGUGGGUGGCUGGAAAUGUUUACCAUCGGAGGCAAGUUUCGAUCUUUUUUAUGGCUAACUUUUUGGACUGACCCCUGUAUAGUUUCUUUGGCAGUCGCUGCUAUUCCGGAAGGAUUACCCAUCGUCACCACUGUCACCUUGGCAUUAGGAGUGCUGCGGAUGUCGCGUAAAAAGGCCAUUGUUAAAAAACUUCCGAGCGUUGAAGCCCUUGGUUGCGUCAAUGUGAUCUGCUCAGACAAGACGGGAACUCUAACAAAGAACGAGUUGACUGUCACCGAGCUUUACACUGUUGACGAACUGAAGCAGCUACAAGUAGGCGUCGCUCAUCACGGCAGGAUCUCCGAGGCCUUGCGGAAAACGAUUGCGGUCGGAAACAUUUGUAACAAUGCGUUCAAGAAUGCUGCAGGUACUACUGUUGGUCAAUCCACAGAUAUCGCCCUGGUAGAGGUCGUAAGCACGUUUGGAUUGCAAGAUUCACGAGACGGCUUUACGAGGAUAGCAGAGCAACCGUUCAACUCGGAAUUCAAGUAUAUGGCCGUGAGCGGUACACACCCACCCGAAACGCGUUCUGUUGUCUACUUUAAAGGUGCUAUUGAAGCUAUUUUGGAGCGAUGUCGAUUUUACUAUGUCUCUGACGAGUCUACGCCGGGUCUGGACGCCUCUAUCCGGGGCACGAUCUUGUCAAGGGCACAGGCGUCCGCUUCUCGAGGAUUGAGAGUGAUCGCCAUGGCCUAUGGAUAUGGUACCAUUGACCCAUCACAACCCGUCACCCUCAAUAAUCUG